CCAACCCCGCGCCUUGCCACUAGCUUGCCGAGAGGGAGGAGAAAGCAGCGGGUUCCGGAGCUCAGCUAGCCAGGCCCCACCUUGACUCUCGAGAUCAUGGCUGCCGAGGAUGUGACGGCGGCCGCCGCCGACGCGGGCGACAUGGAGAGCGGCGGGCUGCUGCAUGAGAUAUUCACGUCGCCGCUCAACCUGCUGCUGCUCGGCCUCUGCAUCUUCCUGCUCUACAAGAUCGUGCGCGGGGACCAGCAGGCGGCCGGAGACAACGACGACGAUGAGCCGCCCCCCCUGCCCCGCCUCAAGCGGCGCGACUUCACCCCAGCAGAGCUGCGGCGCUUCGACGGCAUCCAGGACCCGCGCAUACUCAUGGCCAUCAAUGGCAAGGUGUUCGACGUGACCAAAGGCCGCAAGUUCUACGGGCCGGAGGGGCCAUAUGGGGUCUUUGCUGGAAGAGAUGCAUCCAGAGGUCUUGCCACUUUCUGCCUGGAUAAGGAAGCCCUGAAGGAUGAAUAUGACGACCUUUCUGACCUCACUCCUGCCCAGCAGGAGACCCUGAGUGACUGGGAUUCUCAAUUCACUUUCAAGUACCAUCACGUGGGCAAGCUGCUGAAGGAAGGGGAGGAGCCCACCGUGUACUCUGAUGACGAGGACUCCAAAGAUGCCAAUGCUCGCAAGAUUGACUGAGGCAUUCGGUGGGCACAAGAUCUAUUUUUGUAUCCUGCAGAAUCAUUUGUAACAUUCCAGUCUGUCUUGCAAACGUUGGUGAUUGUGAUAUCUAGAACAGGUUUGACCGUGUUGUACACAAAACAAACAAAAAAUUGUGUGUGUGGUUUUUUUUUAAUUAAUAUCCCUAGUGACACUGAUCAACAUUUUAACUUCUGUCUUGAGAAUGAGUGCAUGAGACGUCUUGUAUGUCACACAACCAGAAAGUGAACUGCAAGGCCGCAAUGUCAUUACUAUUCCUCUGUCUGUGGUUAGUGCUGGCUCAGUCUCAAUUUUGCUCCCUCUUUUUCACCUGGAGAGGUAGAACUGGGACAUCCCCCAACCAGGAGGUUUAAAUAAAAAUAUCCAAUGUGUAAAAGGCCCUUCAAGCACCAAGGACAAGGGUUGAAUUUCCAAACCAUGAUGUUCCAUAAGGACAACUAAGCCCUGACUUCUCAUUUGACUUAGCUGCACGAUUUUGGGUUGAUAUGCCUCUUAAGGAAAUCUGCAGUGUUCCAAAGCCUUAGGUAUCGAUUAGAGACCUGUCUCAUCACACAGUGGCAGCUCAAAGCUGAGCUACCUUGAAAGGCAUAGAUCCACUGUGCAUCUUGACUGCUUCUUUGUCCUUUGGACAAUCAGAUGCCCUCAUUGGCAUUUUAAUCUACAGGGAGGGUGAAAGCAAGAGCUGAACACGAAAAGGAAAAAAAAAAAGCUUUGGGGGGAGCAAAAUUAAGCUGGCUUGCCUAGAUAUCUGCAUGUAUAAGGAAGAUGGUAGGACCAUCUAUCUAGUCCCCAUGUCAUCAAUGAGGGAAUGAUUACUGCCCACAAUUUGACAUGAGUGAGGGUUGUGCAGGAAAGGAGCAAGGAAUAGGCAUCCAAUCUCCUUAAAGGAGAUGGGUAGUUAAUGAAGCAGUACACAACACUAGACAAGUGGGCUUUUUUUUUUCUUCGAAGUAGAUCCAUAAGGGGAGAGUCAUUCUGUUGUUACAAAGCUAUAACCACUGCAAGAGUAGUAGUCAAGUGUCUAGGUCUUUGACAUUGGUCUUUAACAGUAAACUUAGCUUAAAGUAGACUGUACAGUUGUAUGAAUUUGUAAAAGUAUUAUAUGAACACCUAGUGAGGUUUCAGAACUCUUGUAGUUGUAGUUAAAAUAGUCACUGUAUUUCCUCAUGACCCGUAUUUAAUGGUUUUACCUCAAAUCAGAAAACACAAUGAAGUGCUUUGGUCAGUUAAUAAAUAUGGUUGUAUACAGUAA